GGCACAGCCAGGACGAGAGCGAAUGGGAGCGAAGGAGGAGGAGGAGGAGGGGGGGCACGGAGGUGGUGUGAGUGAGGAAGGGCUUUGAAGGAAAAGAGAGAAAGACAUGAGCAAAAUACCAAAAGGCAGCAAGCACGCCGUGCCGUACCAUGCGAGCGAAUUUGGGGACCGAUAGGAUCGAGGAUGUCGGCUUGAUGGUGCCUGGCGCAGCCCGCUUCCGCAGAGAACGCUUCUCUAUCGCAACUUGGGCGCAGAGGGUCCGCGGGGAAACAUGGCCGAAGGAGGGCCGGGGAGAGGUGGAGGAGAGGAGCCCGCCGAGCAGGAGGACAGGACCAGAGCCCAGGUUCUGUCCGGGUCCGGGUUCUGCAAGUGGUUCAACGUCCGGAUGGGCUUUGGAUUUAUCUCAAUGACCCACAGUGAGGGGGGGCCCGUGGAGCCUCCAAUGGAUGUUUUCGUCCACCAAAGUAAGCUGGUGAUGGAGGGUUUCCGCAGCUUGAAGGAAGGGGAGCAGGUGGAGUUCACCUAUAAGAAGUCUUCGAAGGGCCUGGAGUCGCUGCGGGUGACGGCCGGCGGAGGACCCUGUGCGGGCAGCGAGCGGAGGCCGAAAGGGAAAGUCCCCCUCCAGAAACGUAAACCAAAGGGAGACCGCUGUUACAACUGUGGAGGUCUGGACCACCAUGCCAAGGAGUGUGGGCUGCCCCCCCAGCCAAAGAAAUGCCACUACUGCCAGAGCAUCACGCACAUGAUGGCUCAGUGUCCACACAAGGCGCUGGCCCCGCCCGCCUCCGGCCCUCAGGACCCCCACGCGUCUACCUCGGCCUCCGGCCCGGGGGCCAGGCCCUACCUCAGCCUCCCGGAGGAGGAGGAGCGCCCCGGCUCGUCGGGUUCCCUCGAGGAGCCCCACACGCACCGCGGCUCCCGAACGCAGAGGAGGAAGAAGUCCUGAGAAAAGUCCCGAGGUGACUCGCUCCGUACUUCUGAC